AAAAAUGUCCGACUGGGAAAACGAAGAGGUCGAGCAAGACACCGCCGCCGUCCCCACCAAGUCCAAGUGGGACGAUGAAGACGCCUCCGACGAUGACGUUGCCGACGCCUGGGACGCCGCAUCUGACUCCGAAUCCGAGAAGCCCAAGAGCAACGAACUCGCCUUUGCCCCACCACCAAAGAAGAAGGGAACCUUGAAACAGAAAAUCGCGGAGAAGGAGGCUGCACGUAAGCAAGCCGAGGAGGAGAAGGCUGCGCGUCAGGCUGCGGGCGAGUACAGUGAUGAGGAAGACGAGGAGGAGGAUCCCCGGGAACGGGCGGAGAGGUUGAGACAGGAGGAGAUUGAGAGUGAUUUGAGGAAUGCUGCGGAUUUGUUGGGUGAUGUCCGUAUCACCCCCGCCGACAAAGUCGCCGCCGUCGCUGCGGGCGGAGACCCAUUGGAAGCUCUCAAGACCAUCUCCCUCAAGGACAAGGAUGACUUCACCAAGCUCUCUGAAGCCCUCGUACCUCUUUUCACCGAGGUCGCGCGUACGCCGUUUUACACCACUUUCUUGCACCAGUUCUUGAGAGACAUUACCUGGCCUCUCGACUCGGAGGAGAUUAAGAAGUGUGCGUCGAAGCUUACUACGGCUGGUAAUGAGAAGCAGAGGGAGGAGAAGGCUGCGCAGGGGAAGAAGAAGGUGAGUAAGAAGCCGGCGCUUGGGGGUGGGGCGAUGAAGUUGAGUCAGAGUGGGGCGCCGGAUAGGACGAACUACUCGAGAUUUGGGGAUGAUUACGAUUUCAUGUAG